GAAAUGUCAGAGAGUGAUGCUGAUCUAUGUUGUUUUUGUUCAUUGUUUCAUAUUUAAUGACUGAAAAGAAAGGAGAAAAAAGCAACUUGAUGAGGAGUUGUUUUUCAUCUAUUGCAUCUUAGCUAACUGCCCUUUUCUUCUUUCUUUCUUUCUGCUGCUGCUCUCUCUCUCUCUCUCUUAAUCAAUUAAAGUAUGAUCUCCAUCCUGUUCUUUUUUCCCUUUUCGCUCACUUCUCUCAAAGUUUAAAUCCUCAGAACUACCUUCUCUGUCUAAUCUAAAGCUUUUUGGUAUUGGAUAAUAAGUAAAGAAGCAGCUAUAAUCGCAAAAUCUAGUCAUGGAUGGUUCUCCCUGCUCUCCAAAGCUCGACUCUAGAGUUUCAGACCUCAAAUCAGAAACUCAGGCAUCCAAAAGAAGGAAGGCGGUUGAGAAGACUGUUGUUACAGUGAGGAUUGGAGCAAAUGCUGGGAAAGAAAAGCAUGAAGGGCCACCUUCUGAUUUUUGGUCUUGGAGGAAAUAUGGGCAAAAACCUAUUAAAGGAUCUCCUUAUCCAAGGGGUUAUUACAGGUGCAGCACAUCAAAGGGCUGUUCAGCCAAGAAACAAGUAGAGAGAUGCAGAACAGAUGCUUCUGUGCUGAUCAUUACGUACACCUCUACCCACAAUCACACAGGUCCCGAUCUCCACAAUACAAACCUCAAUCAACAACUGAAAGAAUCCCAAACAGAAUCCACUUAUGAACCUCAUCCUACAACUCCAAAACAAGAACAACAGGAAGAGGAUAAUCAGAAUGAGAAUCAUCCCAUUGUUGCAAUCAGUUCAAAAGAUGACAAUGAAGGCCACAAUUUUCACUACUUACAGUCCUCAAUAAAUUGUUCUGAUGAUAUCAUGGUAAAUCAAGAAGAUCCUUUCACUCAGAACCCUGCAGAAAAAACUGAUGACACAUUGACUAUUCUCUUAGAUGAAGAGCCCAUCUCUUGUCCUAGAAUGAUGACAUUUGCGACGCCCAAAUCAGAAGAAAAUGACUUCUUUGAUGAGCUAGAAGAGCUGCCCACAUAUUCAGCUUUCACUAGCUUCAUGCGGGGCAAUUUUUACGAUGAAAGGAUUCCUGUUGUCCCUUCUUGAUCCUUGUGUUCCUGGGGCUUGCAGCCUAGAAAAAUGUACUUGCAAAAAUGUUCAUAUGAGAUGGUAAUAAUAUAAUAUAAAUGGCCACUACUGGUAGUAGCAGUUGAUGUUGUUGUUGUUACUUGUUUGGCUGCUAGCUUCUUGUUUUGUUGUUUAUUUUCAGCAAGUGACUACAAAAAGUUGCACUAACUUGGCACCAACGGAGCUAGUGGAGAGCUUUCAUGUCAUCUCUUAUUGGGUUUCUUGAGAUUGAGGCUCAAAUGAGGAAGAGUGUGUGUGUGAGAGAGAGAGGGGCCUCUUUUAGUGGUUUGUAUCCUUUUGCAUAUGUUAAUUAAAGAAGGCACGAGUUUCACGAGUGAGUGCUCCAAGACCUUUUAGAAGAUAAGGCUCACUUUUGCUUUUUGUUGAGUGAUUGAUUGGGUGGAAGAGAGAUGUUUGGCCUUUUUGGAUAUUUUUUCCUAGAACAAUCUUAUUGAAAUUUGAUUGAUUCAGGUGAAAUAGAAGCAUCAGUGCAUUACUACUCUAAAAAGUUUAUGGUACUUGUGUUUUUGGAUUCAUGAACAGUUACUGUUGUUGGAAAUGUGAAGCAAACUACUUUUCCUUUUGUCC